UAGCCCAUAGCUAAUAGCCAGAGGAGUAGAGAAACCACUAAAACCUUAAUUACCGAAAGCAGUACUAUGCAGUGAGAUCGCAGGAAGAAGUGAAGUGUGAAUGUGGCUGAGAAAGACACCACAGGUCUGUUCGAGGGAUAGGAGAAGCAACACCAACACCCAAAACGGACAGAAAAAGAACCAUUGAACCACGAAAUUGUUCACCAGGUGUUCCCUUACUGCAUCAUCCUCAACCUUCUGGAACGCAUUCUUCUUCACACCCAAAACUCUGACUGAAUCUCAUUGGAGAUUCUUCUUCAAUUGGCGCCUCCUCUCUUCUCUGUCCGUCCGUUGAAGGAUAAUGGGUCGGAAAGUUGGUACGCUUUUUAUCAACCCCAAGAGAUUCGGUUCACUUCAUAAGCCUUGCAUGAAGGAAAUGGCAAUGUUUCUCAAUUGUAUGGCUGCAAACCAGAGCGACAUGGAAGCCUGUGCUCGUCAGAAGGAGCUAUUAAAUGCCUGUAUGGAUUCUCAGAGUAAAAAGAACAGAAAGUCUUGGGGAAGUAUCAAUUAUCAACUGCAGAGGCUUAACCGAGGAAGGAAGUAAUUCAAGAUUUUUCAUAUAUGUAUUGUUUUUAUCAUUCAGGAUCUUGGGGUGUUUUAUGCACUCCUUUGGUUGUCAACCUAAGCUAACCAACUGUAGUCUCUCUUGAAGUAUCUUGAUGAUGAAAUUUCUACUUUUUGGUUUUUUAAACCAUUCAACUGAGGUGAAAGAGAUGGCGGAAUAAUGUUGAAGAAUACCGGUGUAGUUUAUUUGCUGUAUCAAUUAAAGCUAUAAUAUUCUGCAUAUCAUUUGACACAAUCACACAAUGUGAUAUUGGCACUGCCUGUGAAAAAAUUAUUUUAUAAUUGAUGAACAUGAAGGUUGUUUAUGUUGCAUUGUUUUUGGGUGGAGUGUUGAGUGUUGAUGGCUGUUGAUCAAUAUAAGUAGUUUUGGAGCA